AUGUCCAGAACUAUUACUAAUCUUGCACCCGAUGGAACUCCAAAAGGAAGUCGUGUUUGGGUUGAUGGCUGGUAAGUUUUAUUUCAAAAAUGUUUUGAAAGUGAACAUUUUUAUUUCAUAAUUUUAAGCUUCGAUAUUUUCCAAUAUGCCAAUGCACAAUUAUCCUUCGCCGCAAAACAAUAUGGAAAACGAUUAAUUGUUGGAAUUCACAACGAUGAUGAGGUUUUUUUUUCAUUGAAAAAUGUUUGCCGAACUUCUAAAAUAAAAUUCCGAGGUUUUCAGGUUGAGGACAAUAAAAAUUUGCCAAUUUUUUGCGAGGAGGAUCGAUAUAGAUUGAUGUCUUCUUUGAAAUGGGUUGAUGAGGUGAGGGGUUCAAUGAAUCAAAUAAUUGUUUUGAUGAAGAACAUGUUUACGAAAAACUGACAGAACCAUUUAUCUUUAACAGAUGUCUAGUAUUGAUAGUUUCCGGAACAUAAUUGUUUAUUUUAUAAACAUUUUUUAAAGAAAAGCUUUCAAUUUCAUUGCGAAUCAAUUUUUGAUUGCGAAUCAAUUUUUUUUUCGAAAUAGUUUAAUUUCAUCAAUCCAAAAAGCAUGUCGUUAAUUCUGAUUUCCUAAAAAUCUUCCAGGUUGUUGAAGACGUUCCAUUCACCACAACAAUUGCCUCUCUCAACCAACUCGAUUGUGAUUUUUGUCUUAUUACAGGUAAACAUGCUUUUCUCUAGAAAGUUCUUUCUUACAAUAAUAAUCAAAACAUCUGAAAAUUUUUUCAGACCCACCUAUGACAAAUAUGGAAGGUGAAAACAGGCAAGCUGAUAUUGCAAAAACAAAUCGACAUAAGAAAAUUGAUAUUGUUGGAUUGUUAACUGAAAAUGUAUGGUUUUCUCUGGGUAGCAAAAGAAUUUGAAAAAAAACAUAUUUUUAGGAAGUGAUUGGUAGAAUUUUCCUACAAAAUUCAACUCAUCAUUUUCAUUGGAAAUAUUUAUUCGAAAGAAAAUAUAUUAUCGAACAAUAUGCGAUGAAAGAUUUUGCGCCAUAUACAAAAAUCCGAACAUUUUCGGAUAAUCAACUUACUGAACUUACUAUUGGUAGAAACCCCCAACCAACUGACAAGGUAAACUUUUUUUCCAGUAGAAAUGGCAGGUGAUAUCACAGAAAAGAAAAUCUGAAAAGACAGCUGAAAAAUCUCCGAUGACACAUCAUAAAUGAUGCAAUAAUACAUAUUACGUUUUUAGAUUGUCUACGUGACUGGAGAAUUUGACAUUUUCAAUGUUUCUCAUCUAUCACUUUUGGAGAAUGCCAAGGAAUUGGGAAAUUAUUUGAUCGUUGGAUUGAUUUCAGACGAAGUAAGAUGUUUUCAAACGAAAUUUUGGAGUUUUUUUUAAGUUAUUGAAGGAAAAUUGAUAAACUUAAUCCUGAAAAAAACAUUUUGAAAAAAAUUUAAAAAAAAAAGUUUUUCAUGUUCAUUCAAUUUUCACUUCACCAAAAAACACUACUGAAAAUUAUAAAUCUUGUAAGAUUGAAAAUUCAAAAAAAACUGAUUUUCUACACUUUGAAACAACAAAAAUUGUUCAGGACAUCAACAAUAAUCGUGGCUCUAACUUCCCAAUUACAAACUUGUUCGAAAGACUUAUCACACUUGCAUCAACUCAGGUAAAUCAACUUUCAAAUUUGAAAAUUAUUUCAGUUGAUUUCAAAGAACUUUGAUUUGAACUUUCUAAAAAAAACCACACAUUGAAAAAUUCAGGUGGUCGAUGAAGUAAUUGUUAAUGUUCCAACAUGCAUCACAACACAACUUAUGAAAAUGUUAAAUAUAAAUUUUGUUGUCGAAGGAAUUACAAAUGAGAAUAUCGAUUACUCGGAAGCAAAAAAUAUGGGAAUUUUUGCAAAAGUUGAUUUUGAUUCAGAAGAAACCACACAAAAUAUUGUGGAUAGAAUUAAUUCGCUAAGGUUUGUCACUUCUUUGGUGCAAAAAAAAAAACAAAAUGUUUUUUUAGACAUGACGCUGAUAACGGUGAAAUUGAAACGUAUCGCGAUGUCCCUACAAAUAAUCAACAAUAA